GCCGCCGCCAUGGGGGCCUGCCUGGGGGCCUGCUCCGUGCUCAGCUGCGUGUCCUGCCUCUGUGGCUCUGCCCCCUGCAUCCUGUGCGGCUGCUGCCCCUCCAGCCCCAACUCCACCGUGACCCGCCUCAGCUUCACGGCCUUCCUCUUCCUGGGGGUGUUGGUGUCCAUCAUCAUGCUGAGCCCCAGCGUGGAGAGUCAGCUCCACAAGCUGCCAUGGGUGUGUGAAGAGGGGGCCGGGACCCCCAUCAUCCUUCAGGGCCACAUCGACUGUGGCUCCCUGCUCGGCCACCGUGCUGUCUACCGCAUGUGCUUUGCGACGGCAGCCUUUUUCUUCCUCUUCACCCUGUUCAUGAUCUGCGUGCGCAGCAGCCGGGACCCCAGGGCUGCUGUCCAGAACGGAUUUUGGUUCUUUAAGUUCCUGAUCCUCGUGGGCAUCACCGUGGGCGCAUUCUAUAUCCCUGAUGGCUCCUUCUCCAACGGUAGGUGGCCUUGGUGGGAAGGAUGGGGGGCUACCAGGAGGGAGCUGGGGUCUCCAGAGGGAGGAGCACUGGUGGGGGUUGCUCUUUGCCUUGGCACACAGACCCCAGGCUGCUGGCUGGGUCCCCCCCGGGCCAGGAGACAGCACUCUGGUGCUUGGCCACAUGGCCUUUGGGCAAUAUGGCGGUGGGGUGGGGGACAGGUGGGUGGAAGCUGCCUCACCCCUGCCCCAUACCCUGCCACGCUGCCUCUCUGUACAUGGCUAGGGGUUCCCUGAGGGCAGGGACUCUGCUUCUUCUCUGUGUCACCAUUGCAGGGCACGGCACAAACGACUGUUUUUUUUGUUUGUUUGUUUGUUUUUU